GGACCUGUAGUGUUGUGCGACGGUAACGGGCGACUGGAGACGGAGAAAAAUAUUAUUAGAAAUUUGUAAUUAAAUAAUAAAAAGGACAAGAUGUCUCGUCGUCUGCCAAGACGCACGCGCGUUUACGACUGCAAUUACGACAAAGGCGAAAGUUACUACAGGCCAGCACUCGACAGGCUGGACAAGAAAUUCACCGGCAGACUGGACAAGCCUUUUGAAGAACGCGCCUCAUCCCUCACCAAUGCUGCCGAUGACGUUUUUAAACGUCGCCCUGCCGCUUUCGAUGACAUGGACUUCCCUAGCCGCCGAUCUGGCAACACCGCCAGGGAAGCAUUCGACGAAGCUGUCGAUAAGGCUUUCGACUACAAAGGCGGUUUGGUGUCCAGAGGACUCCGCAGACCAUUGAGUGUCUCUUUCGAUACUGACCCAGAUUUCGCUGACGAGGUCAAUUCAUCUCUGAGCAAAAUGCGUUUGGCAAAGAAAAAAAUUGGUUUCGAAGACGAUGAACCCGUUUUGAGGCCACGCACUCGAUUUACAGACUUGGAAGAUGGUGUCGAUUCUUCGGCCACCUCCUCUUCCAUGGUUGCCAGGAAGCGCGUCUUGAAGAUCUCCUCCUCUGUUGAGAACUCGAGCGACGUUGCCACAUCAGCUGGAGAAUUGAGAAGUGGCGCCAAAUGGACUGCUCUGCGCGCCUCUGAUGACGAAGGUGGCGCUGCCGCCCUUCGUGCUAAACAAUCUCGGGCCCUCCUGGCCGACAUCGAAAGCGACCUGGCCCAAGCUGCCGAAAGGCAGGUGCACCGCGAGAAGCGCCUUGCGGGACUCCGAAAGAUGAUGGCGGAGAAUCGCGAAGAGGAUGCCGAAUACGAGCGACUAAUGCAGAGGGGUGAGAAGGUGCGCAGCGAGAUGGUCACGGAGGACAGAAAGAUGCUGGCGUUUUAAGGAAAGAGAGGGAUGGGGGAUGAGAGGGAUAAGGAAGGGUGAGGGAGAAAGAGAGAGGGAUAAGGAGGGAUAGAGGAAGGAAGUUGAGAAAGUGAGGGAACAACGGGAGUGAAGAAAAGAGAUGUAGGUUUAAUUAAGAUGUAGAAGAGCGAGAUGGAUAUUUAACAACUAGAUAAAAGAUAAAGAGAGAAAUGGAUAGUUAGAAAAAGAGAAGAACAGGGAAGAUUAUAAAAUAAAGUAGAUGAUUAUUUUUUUAAAGAGUUUAAUAAAAUUUUAAAUGUUUGGGCCUAUACUCGGAUACACAACUUACACAAAAAAUGCAGUAUAGGUAAUAGCAAUUCUCCGUGACAUGUUCCAUCUUAAAUGGCAACAUAAGGAUAACAUAGCAAAAUAAAAUAAAUGCACUGGGAAUAGCUAAUUUUUAACUUACUAAAACUAAAGUGAGACUAAUAACAUAACCCUGCUAUGUUAUCCGAGAAUUGGUCCAUAAACAUUUGCCUAAUGAUGCAAUUUCAAUUUAACUUUUUUUUUAAUUAUUAUUAGACAAUCAGCCGAGCCGUUUCUUUGACUGAAUUUCUAAAACGAUUUUGAAAAGUAAAAAACUGUUGAGAAUCAUGUUAAUUAGAUUUUUGUAAAGAUAAGUUGAACUGCUUCUUUGUCAUUAAUUUGAAAAAACAACUUGAAGACGUUAUUAAAACUUUGCAUAGUAAUAAACACCUGAAAAUUAAGCCUAUAAAAAAGGACUUCAAAUAUUAAAAUCAAUUAAAUUUUUAAUUAUUGACCACGCUCUUAGGACAUACUCCGUGUAUGUCCUAAGGGAUUGUUCGAGUUCAAGGCUAGUUAUUUUUUCAUAAAAUGUAUCUUGUUUACUUUAAUUUAAAUUUUGUCAUUACAUAAAUUUAAAAAUCAACAAGAGUGACACUUUAUUUAAAACUAUAUUCAAGUCAGUACCAACAUUAAAUAAUUCUCCCCAGCAGUACCAACAUAAAAAAACAAAAUGUAACUAUAAUUUAUAUCUAUGGCGCUUGUUUCAAAAUAUUUUGU